AUGGCAUCGGGACAUGGUCAUGGUAGUAUGGUAAUGAGCAUGAAGCUUAUUCGGCUUCUUAUUGUUCUUUUUAAUUUGGCAUUUAUUGUUGUUGGAGCUGUACUACUUGCUAUUGGUGUUUAUGUUCUUAAAGAUCCUAAAAUGCAACAACUUGGUCCAUUACUUAAUCCUGAAAUUAUGUCAUCAUAUUCUCAAAGUUUAACAAAUUUUCAAGUAUUUGCUAUUGCAAUAAUUGUUAUUGGUAGUGCUUUAUUAACAAUUGGAUUUCUUGGUUGUUGUGGAGCAGUAAAAGGUUUUCGAUUUUUACAUGUUAUCUAUGCAACUGUUAUUUGUCUAAUAAUUAUUGCUGAAAUAAUAGUUGUUGUCGUUGUUAUUGUCUAUCAAGGUCAAUUUCGAGAAGAACUUGUUCCUAGACUUCAGAAUUCAAUUGUUACAUUUUAUGCUGGCACACCACCUUAUAACUCAACAUCAGCUAAUUCAGUUUCACUUUCAUGGGAUUUUGCUCAAUUUAAUUUACAAUGCUGUGGUGCUGCUAGUAUAAAUGAUUUUUCAAAUACUACAAAUUGGGAUAGAAGAAAUCCAUAUAACGAAUCUACACUCUUAGCUGUUCCUUUUACAUGUUGUCCAUUAGGUGCAGCUAAAAGUUGGACUCAAUUACCAACAGAUUUAACUCCAGCAACUACAUGUGCAACAACAGGUAUAGGUGCUUAUUCACAAGGAUGUUAUGAUCGUUUGGUUGAUAUAUUACUUACAUAUAAGAAGAAUGUUAUUAUUGGCUGUGUUAUUGUUGGUGUUAUUGAAAUACUUGCUGUUAUUUUUGCAAUUGUUCUCUAUCGUCGUAAAGAAGAUUAUGCUAGUUUAUAA